AUGUGGAAAGCAGCCAAUGUUUCUUAUACCAGAUAUGCCUCAGAAAUGGCAGAUAUUUUAAGAAAAUGUUUGAAGGACCCAUAUUCUGAUAUAGCCUUAGAAAGAAGUAAAAUGCAUAUAAGGGAAACAAUUUAUAAGGAUGGAAAACCAAUAAGCCAAGAAUUGUAUGAAGAAUUUGAAAAAGCUUACAAGAACUUAUCUAGACAAAAAGAAUAA